AUGGCGGCUAUUUCUCAUGUGGUUUGAAUAACGUGUCUGCCAGUUCCUCGGUGUCGGCUGUCGCGGCUGCUCAUCAUCCCAUGGAUGCUUGUUCUUGAUUCCUUGCCGAUCGAUUCUCUUUCACAUUCGUGCUGGUCCGCCACUCCGCGGAUAUAGUCAGCCUAAGGCAGGCGGGGUUUUUCUAAGGAGCUUGGCCUUUUAACGCCUCAUUGCUUGAUCACAAAUUCCAGCAGCGCCUUCCAGAAGAACUUGCAGGAGUUUAGCGGUUUCCAGAGCCGAGGUGACCUCACCCGUGUCGACAAUUUCUUCGAAAUACAUUUGUUAGCUAGCCUACUCAUCUUGACCUCUCCGUGGCACCAACUAGCUAGCGACAUACACGUCUUUUGAGAAAUCUGGUCGAAUCCCACCAUUACUGCCGUCGUCUAGCCGUUCUCACCUCACCCUUCGUCGUCGGGCCGUAGUUCCCUGGUACCUGAGAGUUAACUGCAUUAACCAGUCACAUCCUGAUCGUCGCACACCGUUAGUCUAGCUUCUGCAGAGUUCCCUGGCCGGAUUCCAUCGUUGGCCCGGAUUAAUUCCUUCAUUGCUUUGCAUAUUAAACUCGUCCUAAGUGCGGUUAAUCCGCUUACACGUCCUGACGAACAAUCCACGCCCGCUCAGCCCUUCCUCAUCGGCUCUUACUGUUAGAGCUCAGAGCCUCUAGGUGUCAAAACUGUGACGCAACGUCGCGUCUUAAACCCCUCAGCAUCCUAAGCUUCUCUGAUAGGCGCUAAUAGCUACAGAUCUUAUUGAGCAGUUUAGGCUCCUGCUUUCACGGCGGCGCCGCUGCAUUCCAGCAUUAUAGCGACUUAGAGGCCUGCAGUGAAAUAGUUCGCGUUUUAAGCCGCCUCGCAACAAGGCUUCGGGGCCGCCCCGCGAUGUACGUUGUCAAGCGCGACGGCCGGAAGGAGGCCGUGCACUUCGAUAAGAUCACCGCUCGCUUGAAGAAGCUCAGCUACGGCCUAAGCACGGAAUUCUGCGACCCCGUCUUGGUGUCUCAGAAGGUGUGCAUGGGCGUGUACAAGGGCGUGACUACAGCGCAGCUCGAUGAGCUGGCAGCUGAAACCGCGGCGGGAAUGACGGCCACGCACCCAGACUACGCACUCCUGGCAGCACGGAUUGCGGUCUCCAACCUGCACAAGAAGACAAAGAAGUCCUUCUCUGAGACUGUGAAAGACAUGUACGCGCAUGUGAACCAGGAGUCUGGACUGCCUGCACCCUUGAUUGCAGAUGACGUCUAUGAAAUCAUCAUGAAGCAUGCGGAGCGGCUUGACAGUGAGGUGAUCUACGACCGUGACUUCGACUAUGACUACUUUGGCUUCAAGACUCUCGAGCGCUCCUACCUGCUCAAGGUGAACGGGAAGGUGGUGGAGCGGCCGCAGCACAUGCUGAUGCGGGUGGCGGUGGGCAUUCACAAGGCGGACAUCGAGGCAGCCGUUAAGACGUACCACCUCAUGUCGCAACGCUGGUUCACACAUGCGUCUCCCACCCUCUUUAACAGCGGCACUCCCAGGCCCCAGCUGAGCAGCUGCUUUCUCGUCUGCAUGAAAGAGGACAGCAUAGAGGGCAUCUACGACACGCUCAAGGAGUGUGCAGUGAUCAGCAAGUCGGCGGGCGGCAUAGGCUUGUCUGCACACUGCAUACGUGCCAAGGGGAGCUACAUCCGCGGCACCAACGGCAUGUCGAAUGGAAUCGUGCCAAUGCUGCGAGUGUUCAAUGACACGGCGCGAUAUGUGGACCAGGGAGGAGGCAAGAGGAAAGGCGCCUUUGCCAUCUACAUCGAGCCGUGGCACUCGGACGUGUUUGACUUCCUGGACCUGAGGAAGAACCACGGCAAGGAGGAGAACAGAGCCAGGGACCUCUUCUACGGGCUCUGGAUCCCGGACCUCUUCAUGAAGCGAGUGCAGUCCAACAUGCCCUGGUCGCUAUUCUGCCCCAACGAGGCCCCUGGCCUGGCGGACUGCUGGGGGGAGGAGUUUGAAGCUCUUUAUCUCAAGUACGAGAGGGAGGGCCGUGCCAAGCGCGUGAUCCCCUCACAGAAGCUCUGGUUUGCCAUCUGUGAGGCGCAAAUCGAAACAGGCAACCCGUAUAUGCUCUUCAAGGACGCAUGCAAUCGCAAGUCCAACCAGCAGAACCUGGGCACCAUCAAGUGCAGCAACCUGUGCACAGAGAUUGUGGAAUUCACUAGUCCCGAGGAGACUGCUGUCUGCAACCUGGUGUCCCUCGCCCUGCCUCGCUUUGUGAGGGAGAAGGGGGUACCAUCCGAAGCCCAUCCGUCCAAGCUGACUGGUUCUCUCAACCACCACAAGCGAUUCUUUGACUUUGAUAAAUUGGGAGAGAUCACAGAGGUGGUAACGCGAAACCUCAACAGAGUCAUAGACGUCAACUACUAUCCCACAGAGUCGGCGCGUCGCUCCAACAUGCGCCACCGCCCCAUCGGCCUGGGAGUUCAGGGGCUGGCCGACGCGUUUAUCCUCCUGGGAAUGCCGUUCGAUUCACCUCAGGCCCGGCAACUCAACAGAGAUAUUUUCGAGACGAUCUACUACCACGCACUGCGCACGUCAUGCCAGCUGGCGAAGGAGGAGGGGACGUACGAGUCGUACUCUGGCUGCCCCGUCAGCAAGGGUGUUUUGCAACCGGACAUGUGGGGCGUGACCCCCUCGGAUAGGUGGGACUGGGCAGCCCUACGAGCAGACAUUGCAGCACAAGGACUACGCAACUCCCUGCUGGUGGCGCCCAUGCCCACGGCCUCCACCAGCCAGAUCCUUGGGAACAAUGAGUGCUUCGAGCCGUACACCUCGAACAUCUACUCCAGAAGAGUGCUCAGUGGCGAGUUCGUGGUGGUGAACAAGCAUCUCCUCAACGACCUCACGCACCUCGGCCUGUGGUCGCCGGACCUGAAGAACGAGCUCAUCUACCAUAACGGAUCCGUGGAGGGGCUUGACGAGAUCCCUCAGUUCCUGAGGGACCUCUACAAGACUGUAUGGGAGAUGAAACAGAGGGCGAUUGUGGAUAUGGCUGCAGACAGAGGGGCGUUUAUCGACCAGAGCCAGUCGCUUAACAUCUACAUGGACGCGCCUACCUUCGGCAAGCUCACUUCACUGCACUUCUACACAUGGGGCAAGGGUCUGAAGACCGGCAUGUACUACUUGAGAACAAGGGGAGCAGCAGAUGCCAUCAAGUUCACUGUCGAUGCAGAGGCGGUCAAAAAGAGCCAGGAGCGGAGGGUGAAGGAGGCUGAGAUGCAAGCGCGGAUGGCAGAAAUGACAUGCUCCUUGGAGAAUAGAGAUGGCUGCGUUUCAUGUGGGAGUUGAUACGGUGUCCAAUGGCAGUUACAGGCGUUUCAUGUGGCCGAGCGUUACAUAUGCAGGUGGCGUGUUUAUCGUCUCGGUAAUUUGGAAUGCAAGUGCCCAGGUUUUGCGUAGUUUGGUUGUCCGUUAGGUCCAAGUGCAACACUGAUACGUGUGAGGUGAAUGUAUGUUUGGGCACAAUCCUAUCCAUAACGAAGCCCUAUCAGGUUCUUGAGUUCCCACUAAACAAGAACAGUGCAGCGGUACAAAACCGUGCGGUAUGGUGUGCAGUACGGUGGUAGUGUUGUUCGGGUGGUACAAAACCGUUUGACUUGGGUAACCUGACAUGUCAGGGCUUCUUCCCCUUGAUGUCAAAUUUGGUCGAAGACGGGAAUGUCAACUUAUACAUAU